AUGACAAGCGCAUAGACUAAAAAAAGCUCCAUUGAAAACGAUACAGUUUUUAACGGAGAAAAAGAAAUUUCUGUUGGUGAUAUCAGAAAGUUUAUUCCUGCAGAAUAUUUCGUUAAGAGAGAAUCCAGAUUCUUGAUUAGUGUUUUAUAUUCUUUAAGCUUAACCCUUUUCACAGCUUUCUUAGCUGAUAGAUAUCUCCGUUUAGAAUGGGCCUAUUUACCUCUCUGGAUAGCUUAUGCUGUUAUCAAUGGAACUAUUGCUACUGGUCUUUGGGUUUUAGGUCACGAAUGUGGUCACAAAGCUUUCUCUAAUAGCGAUGUUGCUAAUGACAGUUUAGGUUAUAUCCUCCAUACUGCUUUAUUAGUACCUUACUUCUCUUGGUAAUGGUCUCAUCAUGUUCAUCAUUCUAAGUGUAACCACUUGACUGAAGGUGAAACUCACGUCCCUAGAGUAGAUACUGACCCUAAAGCUUCUAUGUAUAUCAAGCUUAGAGAUAUUAUUGGAGUUGAAUCUUUCUCCAUCUGGUAAGUUCUUAACAUCUUAGUUAUCGGAUGGCCUGCCUAUCUUAUUUUUGGUGCUACUGGUGGUCCUGCAAGAGGUUUCAGUAGCCAUUUCAUUGUUCCUAAUAAAUUAUUCACAAAGGAUAAGCUCUUAAAGGUUCACUUAUCAAACCUUGGUUUAGUUAUUGUAGGAUAUUUACUCUAUCUUUGGGCUAGAUAAACUUCUUUCACCUAUGUUUUUGCUAUCUACUUUGGACCCUACUUAGUCGUUAAUGCCUGGUUAACUGGUAUCACAUUCCUUCAACAUACUGAAGAUACUGUUCCUCACUAUGACAAGUCAGCCUGGAGCUGGUUAAGAGGAGCUUUAUGCACUAUUGACAGAAACUAUCCUGAAUACAUUAACGCUUUACAUUUUGAUAUUGGUAGCACUCACGUCAUUCACCAUAUUUUCCAUGAAAUGCCUCACUAUAAUGCAAGAGAAGCUAAUAUCUACCUUAAAUAAAUUCUCGGUCCUGCUUACAUUAAAGAUAAAAAGUCUGUUACUAGAGCUUUAUUUGAAGCUGGUAAAUUAGCUUGUGUCUCUGAAAGAGAAUAAGGUUUCUAUUAUUGGAAAUGA